CCCUCAGGGGAGGGGCUCCGGGCGAACGCCGCGGGGCGUCUCCCUGGCAGUCCCUCCCCCCGCCCCCCGCCCGCCCCUCCGGCCGCCUCUGCCGCCGCGCGCCGCAGCAGCGCCGCCUUCCCUGCGCAGUCGGUGUCUCAGCGUCGCUGGGUGGGAGUUGGCUUGGCGGCCAUGGGCAAGCAGAACAGCAAGCUGCGGCCGGAGAUGCUGCAGGACCUGCGGGAGAACACGGAGUUCUCGGAGCUGGAGCUGCAGGAGUGGUACAAGGGCUUCCUCAAGGACUGUCCCACAGGCAUCCUCAACGUGGAUGAGUUCAAGAAGAUCUACGCCAACUUCUUCCCGUAUGGCGACGCCUCCAAAUUCGCCGAGCACGUCUUCCGCACGUUUGACACCAACAGCGACGGCACCAUUGACUUCCGGGAGUUCAUCAUCGCGCUGAGCGUGACCUCGCGCGGCCGCCUGGAGCAGAAGCUCAUGUGGGCCUUCAGCAUGUACGACCUAGAUGGCAACGGCUACAUCAGCCGCGAGGAGAUGCUCGAGAUCGUGCAGGCCAUUUACAAGAUGGUUUCGUCCGUGAUGAAGAUGCCGGAGGACGAGUCGACCCCAGAAAAGAGGACCGAGAAAAUCUUCCGCCAAAUGGACACAAACAACGACGGCAAGCUGUCCCUGGAGGAGUUCAUCCGCGGGGCCAAAAGCGACCCGUCCAUCGUGCGCCUGCUGCAGUGCGACCCCAGCAGCGCCUCCCAGUUCUGAGCGAGAGGACCCAGGUUCCCCCUCCUCCCUGCCUUCACUGGCCCUCUCCCGGCUCUCAGCUUCCUCUCCCUUGUGUCUAUCCAGCCUGGGGGUCAGACCGGGCACCUCCCCCCAGGGCCUGCACUCUGGGGUCUAUGGAGAAGGGAACCCCGCAGUACCCCCAAGACCCAAGCAAGCAAGCGGUCAGCACCGUCAAUCCGAGAGGCGGUAUCUCCCUUAGGCAAGGAUUGAGACGCAGGCUCUGGCUGGAUCUGCCCUCCCUCACCCAGAGGGAACUUUAACCAUUCUCCCCCGCCCCCACCUGCCCCCAGACCCACACGCAGCCUCGGGCUCCUCCCCCCAACCACCGGGCAAGCUCCCCAACCCCCACCCCCGCCCUUGUAGCCCUCAGUCAGGGUGGAGGGGCAAUCAUGCCCAGGUGAGGAGGCUGUCUUCGUUUGGAAAGGAGAGAAGGAUUCCAGGGGUGUGGGGGUUUGAGGAAAAAGCUUCCUUGAGCCAUCCUUUCCUGCAGGAAGGCCUCAACCCUUCCUGUUCCACCGCUCUUGCUGGCCUGGAGGCAAGGAUGCAAAAGGAAAACCUCCGGGUUCCAGCCUCCCAGCUGUGGGUCCCAUGAACCCCCCCACCUGCCUUUCAGCACUUGGAUGAACACAGACCCACUGAUCCCUCUGUGCGCUUUUCCUCUCUCAGACACACACACACACACACACACACACACACACACACACACACACACACACACACACACACACACACAGGCCCACGGAUGGGCAGACACACCCAGAGCCCCACCCACAGCAUCCUGUGUGGGAAAACAGCACAGGCCCCCCGGCCAAGUCCCCUCCCCUGCUGCAUGCAUCCACGUGGAGCAUCUCUGUUCUUUUUAAUAACUUCAGAAUAAAGUCUCAUUUCAGUGCA